AGCAUCCCACGAAUAUAUACUAGUACUGCCUAUGCAUCUCGCGUGGACACCGGCAGUGCGCCGGCCGCCUCCUGUUGUUCAAGCACAAAUGUACAUCUAGGUACGCAACCUGAUCUCGUUCUCAUCCCUUCCGCUUCCACACAGCCCGUGAAAACUGAAAAGUUCCGACACGCUCUCAACCAUGCGGGUCAUCAUUGUGGGCUCCGGGCUUAGCGGCCUGAUCAUGGGCCACUGCCUGCUCCGAGCCGGCGUCGACGACUUCGUCAUCCUCGAACGUAGGCCCGACCCCGUGGAACGGAGCGGCUCGGUCAUCGGCCUCUUUCCUCACACGUUUCGGGUCCUGGACCAACUCGACCUACUGGAUGAGAUCAGAAAGCUCUCCCCGCCCUUGCACCACUGGCUCCACCUCGAUCCUCGCGGCCGUACCAUUUACGACGGCGGGUUUUUUGACUGUUUACAAACCAACCACGGCCAUCCCUCAACGCUGCUCAUGCGUCGCGACCUUAUGGAGGCCCUCUACUCCAAGUUACCGGACAGUGGCCUCCGGGUUGUGCCGAACAAGAAAGUAACCGGCGUGGAGCAGGACGAGUCCUCCGUGACGGUGACCUGUGCAGACGGCUCGACGUUCAAAGGCGACGUGCUAAUAGGCUGCGAUGGCGUGCACAGCGCCGUCCGACGCUUCGCCCUGGAACAGCCGGCAGGAGAGUCAAAGCGGCCUCUUCCCAAGUCCGGGUACCGUGGCCUGUUCGGAUCCUGCCCCCGGCCGGACGGCCUUGCGCCGUGCAAUGUCACCGAAACACACGACACCGGCAUUGUCUUUAUGAUCCUGUGUACGGAAGACAGAGCGUUCUGGCUUAUUACCCACCGCAAAGAGAAGCCUGACGGCCAGAAAUACUCGGCCGAGGACAUACAGGCGCUCGUCGACAAGUACGAGAACCACUCGGUAGCCCCUGGCGGGAAGGUCACCUUUGGCGACCUGUGGCGGACAAGGGACCCAGUUCCCGGUCCCGGUAUGUACGACUACCACGAGGGUGUUGCGGAGCGGUGGUAUAACGGGCGGGUGGUGAUUGUGGGCGAUGCAGCGCAUCAGAUGACGCCGAACCUCGGCCAAGGGGGCAACAACUCGGUCGAGGACGUGGCAUCACUCAUCAACCAGCUCAACGCGCUUGUCAAGGAGAAGCCCAACCCAACAACGGCGGAGCUCGAAGGGGCCUUUGCCCGUUUCCAGAAAGAACGAAAAGGGCGGGUGAAGUUCAUAGCUGGGAUAACCGGAAGGUACACUCGGUGGACGUCGUGGCGGGAUUGGCCUAGUUGGUUUAUGCAGUACUGGGUGUGGCCACUUCUGGGCGAUCGGUUCAUUGUCAACCGGCUUCUGUCGCCGAUGAUCAGGGAGAGCAUCAAGUUGGACUUUGUGGAGGAGAAGCGCCUCCCGCCCGGAAAGGUGGCGUGGAAGUAUCAUUAAGAAGUGGUGUACUUUACGUAUUGCUGCGGUGUUGAAUCUCGCCGAGCUGCAGACAGGCAGGAAAGCAUACGGUGGCGGGCUGAAUAAACUUGAGAGCUGCUUAGGCCUGGGGGAGCUUACCGGGAAAAGGUUUUAUCCGCGUCCCAGUUAAGGUCCGCAACCCUUGCGAAUUGACAAUCGUCCUUGCGAAACA